GAGAAUAUGACCAUGUCCCCCUUGGCACUAACAACGCCAGUGGCCGCGCGAGUGGCAGUGCCAUUAACGAGGGAAAAGCUGCAGCUGCCAGCAGAGGACAAGCGCAAGUAUCGACUCUCGCAGGCGGACGAGCUAAUGCUGGACAAUACGAACUUCCUGGCACAUGCCAAGCUGGGCGAUGAGACGCAGUCGCGCAACAACUCCAAGAGCUUCACGAGGCGAGAGACAACAUAUGAGAACUCGGAGCUGGAUCUGGGACUGCCCAGCCGAGAGGAUUUUCCAGCACCGAAGCACUCCAAGCCCAGACAGACCAUUAGUCAGCCCACGGCAAUGGAUCAGGAAGAAGAUGCUGCUGCCGCCAUGCCUCCAAUUCGCUCCUGUGCCCGACGCACGCUGCACAUGAACGAGUCCAUGGCCAUGGAGCAAGAAGCUACGACGCAGCAGCAGCGCAUGAAGGGCCUUCAGGUGGUGCAGUGUGUGCGGGAGGAGAUUGUCUGCCAGUCCGAGGAGAACAUACCCCGCAAGGGCACCCAAACGAAACGCAGAGAGACGCUGCUGAUGCAGGAGAGCAUGGAGGAGGAUACUACAAGUCCACCCAAGGAGCUUCCUACGAUUGGGCGCAAGUCUAGGCCCAGGCAAACUUUGCACAUGGAAGAACCAUUGCAGAAAGACGAAACUGUAGCUGCAAGAGCCGCACCUGAUCCUGCACCUGUGGAGAAGCCUCAACCCAUGGGUUAUCAGAGAUCCAAAGCAAGACAGACGAUACUUCAGGCGGAACCCAUAGAGGUAGAAGCUGCACCUAACGCAAUGGACAACGUGCCGCAGCAACCAGCGCCCGUUUGGGCAGGCAGCAAAACGAAGCGCAGGGAGACGCUGCUGAUGCAGGAGAGCAUGGAAGAGGAUAUCAUAAGUCCCCUGAAGGAGCUGCACAUCAGGGCAAACGCUCCCACGAUAGCAAAGAGUAAAGCUAAGCCCAGGCAUACGCUGCACUUGGCGGAGCCAUUGGAGGAAGAUGAUGCCGCACCUCAGCAUGCUGCAGCCACUGGGGCCACAAGGAAAUAUCAUUUGCAGCUGCCAGAACCCGAGGUGGAGCAACAGCCAAUGGGUUAUCAGAGAACCAAAGCUAGACAGACGAUACUUCAGGCGGAACCCAUAGAGGAAGAUGCUGCAACAGUCCCAAGCGAUAAGUCAGCAGCAAAGCAACGGGGCAAGUCCCGACACACGCUCCUUGCGGCGGAACCCAUAGAAGAGGAACCCAUGGUGCAGCAUCCUGCAGCUGGACAACAGUUCCCGAAAGCAAGGCACACGCUGCUCCUGUCAGAACCCAUUGAAGAGGAUACGAACGAGGCCAGGGAACAGCCGCGAUUAACAUCCGCCAAUAAGGAGAAUCUGCCCAUAGAAGAGGAGCUUAUAGAGGAGCUGGAAACGAGGCGGAUCGACCAAUCAACUGUCUAUCGGUCAUACAAAUCGCGGCACACGCUUGUAAUGUCGGAGCCCAUAGAGGAAGAUCGCACCAAGGAGCAGCCUGUGGCCCCCGUCAAAGGUGGCCAGUGGCCAUCGAGACAAACUUUGCUCAUGGCAGAGCCCAUCGAGGAGGAAACGUGCACAAAAAACACUCGCGAAGCCACGAAGAAGUCGGUGGCUUACAAAUCCAGAAAUACUCUGCUAAUGGCGGAGCCCAUAGAGGAAGAACGAACCAAGGAGCAGCCUGUGCCUCCCAUUAAGGCUGCGUCGAGUGGCAAUCGUUCGUCUAAAUCUAGACAAACUCUGCUCAUGGCAGAGCCAAUCGAGGAGGAAACGUGCACGAGAAACACACGCGAAUCCGCAAAGAAGUCUCUGGCCUCAACAUCGAGAAAUACUCUUCUAAUGGCGGAACCCAUUGAGGAAGAACGCACCAAGGAGCAGCCUGUACCCCCCGUCAAGGCUGCGUCGAGUGGCUAUCGCAGACAAACGCUGCUCAUGGCAGAGCCAAUCGAGGAGGAAACGUGCACUUCCCAGCCAAGAAACACUCGCGAAUCCGCGAAGAAGUCUGUGGCCAUUGAGCAAAAUGUGGCAGCAAUAAAGCCAGCUAAAGCACGUCAGACUCUGCUCUUGGCCACCUCCAUGGAGGAGGAGGACAGGGAAGAAGCGAAACCUCACGAGAAGUCCACAAAAAUGGCACCAAAUCGGGGCCGGGCACAACAGACAAUGAUCAUGUCCGAAUCGAUGGAAGAGGAUGACGAUGACUUCCAGAGUCCACUGCAAUCAAUGAGAGCUCCUUCGGAGCUACUCCCAAUCACUCCCAUGCAGAAACAGAACCGCUCAGCGUCUGGCAAUUCCAUGAAUGAGUUUGAAGAGUUCGAGGAGGAGACGAAUGAGUCGGCUGCAGCUCUUGGUCCGCUUCAGGCAUCGCUGCGGAGGAAACGCUCCAUCUAUCACUCCAUGAGAAUGGAAUUGGAGGGCGAAACAUCCGCAAUUGGCACACCCAAACGACACAGCGCCGCCGCCAAGCGACUGCCCGCCCACCUCACGCCCAAUCUGCCAGAGUCCAAGAAGCGAAACACUCACCUCUUUGCGAACAGUAAAAUGAUGGAGGAAGAUCAACAAGUGGCGAUGGAGCUGAGUGGAGUUUCCCUUCAGGAAGUGGCAAACAAGACCCGCAUUCCCCUGGAGAACUUCAACGAGAGCGUGCAGCCUGUGAGGGAUCUGCAGAGCGCCCGCUUCUCCCGCAAAUUGAGUGAUGAUCCAGAUGUGAUUGAGGUGCAGCCGCCGCCGCAGGCCACUGUAUUCGAGGGCAGGCCCAUUACCAUUUCGGAUGUGUCCGCCUACUUUCAAAGCCAGACGCGGCAGGUGCAAAAGGAACCGACGGAGGCUGCCACAGAGCCAGAGCAGCAGCUGGAGGAGGCUGCCACACAGCCUGAGCCAGAGCAGGAACACGUGGAGCAGCGCCUCUCUGGCUACAGGGACAGUGGCAGCUCCACGGAUCGCACGUUCAAGAGCUACGCGCCCACAAAUCAAAAAUUCAUCAAUCUCUCCGGCGACACGACCAUCUUUGCGGCUGCCCUUGUGGAGAACAUCGAAAUGGAUGAGCCGGAGACGAAUAAAAUAGACAAUGUGCGGCUGAGUUUGGUCUCCACGCUGGCGGAUGAACCGGACACGGAUGAUGAUGCAAUGCCCGCAGAGCCACCACAGCUGCAGCCACAGGCAGAGCCUGAGCCCUGCCAGGAGCAGAAGGAGAGCUCUCGCAUGGUGGCUGCUGGUUCCAGCGCCUCCUGCAGAAAGUGCGCUAACUGCAGGCGAUCCAUAAACGAAACAAAGCUGAGCAACGAUUCCUUUGUCCUGCCCUCCCUGCCCCAGUGGGGUCUGACGCGGGAAAUUGAAAUGCUGCAACGCGUGAGACAAAGGCCCAACUUGGACGAUGUGCACGAAUACUGGCAGAUCAAGGAGCAGGAGAGGCAGACCAACGCAUUUGAGCAAGCGCUGGACGAGGAGGAGGAGGAAGGGGCUCAGACGGAGGCCAACCAGUGGGACAUCAAUGAAGUGCUGGCCGCAUACAGCAUGAAGAUCGAAGGAUUGAAGCGCAGUCUGGCCGAUAGCCAGGAGCUUGUGCAGCCAAUGGUCGAGCCACCAGCUGAAACGUUCUUCGAUCGCCUGGAGCAGCUGUUGGGCGAGCAGCAGCCCAACUGGAUCUUUGACUAUCAGCUAAAGAUCUCGCGGAAAAUGAUAUUCACACAUCGACUGCUCCCCACAUUCCGCCUGAUUGUGGACUACGAGACAGUGGAUGAGGCGGAGACUGGCAUACUGGUGAACUACAUCGGGGUGGAGCAGGCCACAGCGAUUCCACUGCAAAGAUGGACAGCGUUUGAGCACCUGCUCGACUUUCAGCUGCAACUCAAGUUGCCGGUGAAUCUAACCAGCGCCAUUGAGGGUAACACUGUGGAGGAUUUCGAACAAUUUCUGCAAUGCAUAAACACAAUUUGUGUGGACAUCAAACGCACAUUCCACAAACUGCUAACGGUACUCACAGCCACGAGAGCGAGCCUGCAAAGACAUGCGAAUCGAAUGGUUAUCAAAAAGACUGUGCGCAGGCUCAUUGAUUUGGAAACACACACGCGCAUUGACAGGACCGAUUUCGUGAUUGAAAUUACCAAUGUUGAGAGAAUUUCGUUUAAAGAUAUUCUGCAGCCCAAACUGCAUUUAUUCAACGAAAAUAUACAAUUUCUGCCAAAGGGAGUUGCUUUCUUGGAAGCAUUUCUCGUUCAUCCUGAGCAGUAUCUCAAAGCUUAAUAAUUUGUACAAUUUUAUACAUUUUUUGUUAUU